AUGGUUGAAUUAGAUUUCAACCUGGAAAGAGACGUGCCUGACUUGUGGGGCAAGGUCAUUCUUGUCACUGGAGGCACUGCGGGUUUAGGCGCUUCGUCGGUUAGUCUUCUGGCGAAGCGUAACCCAACAUGUAUCUACAUCACCGGCCGCAAUUCUGAGGCGGCCGAUAAUGUUAUUGAAGGAAUUCGACGUGAAUCGCCUGAUAGCAAGACGAAGGUCAAAUUCAUCGAGUGUAACCUCACGAAUCUAUCGUCGGCGAAGCAAGCGGCUGAAUACCUUCUCGCGCGGGAGUCUCGCCUGGAUGUUCUGAUGGCAAAUGCCGGUAUUAUGGCGACGCCUCCGGGUUUGACAAAAGAUGGCUACGAGGUACAGUUUGGUACCAAUCACAUAGGACAUGCUCUGCUUAUUCGAAAACUGUUGCCUCUGCUUGAGAAGACGGCUGCGUUGCCGGGAACUGACGUGCGUAUUAUUAUGCUGGCUAGUGUGGGCUUCGUGAUGGCGCCGCGACAGGACGGGAUUGUAUUUGAUCAGUUGAGGACGACGCAAGAUUAUUGGAUUUUAGGCCCGUGGCAACGGUAUGGCCAAAGCAAGUUGGCUAAUAUUCUAUACGCCCGCGAGCUAGCCCGCCGUUAUCCGUCCAUCACCACCCUCGCCAUACACCCAGGUAGUACACCAACGAACCUUAACGGCGGCCUGUCGCUCAUGGAUAAGUCUGUUUCUUGGGUUGGAACACUGGGCCAAUCUCAGACACUGGAGCAAGGUCCCUGGAAUCAGGUAUGGGCAGUUGGUGCUCCCAGAGACAAAGUCGUAUCAGGCAACUUCUACGAGCCGGUAGGAAUUAAUUCGGAAGAUCAGCUGAAUUCGCAUGCCCUCAACCAGACCUUGGCCGAGAAACUUUGGGAUUGGACUGAGAAAGAGAUAAAGGGGUAUCUGUAA